AUGAGUGAUGAGGUUGCCGCCGCUCCAGUCCGGAAGAAGAAGCUUCCUUUCAAACCAACAGCUCUGCGCAACGUAGCGCCGGUCUCGAAACCUGCCACCACUGCAGAGGACGGCAAGAAGGGCGAAGGCGACGACGAUGGCGACGGUCUGGACCUCUUCCGCCAGUCUCGAGAGAUGGAGCGCAUCGUGGCCGCCGAGCGAGAGCGAAAGCUGAACAAGAAGAAGCAGAAGCAGGCGGAGGAAGAGCGGCACUUGUCGGAUAUGGCAGAGAAGCAACUACUAGAGUCAGAUGAGCAGCACCACGAAGAAAAUACUGCCGUCCUUACUCUAAAGAGCUCCGCUGGCUUUGAAGACGCUCAGGCGACGCCUGUGGACGACUCUCUAGCGUUGGAAGGAGAUGGCUUCAGCAGAGAGCUUGUCACUCCCCCUCCGUCGAAGCGCUCGAGACGUGACUCGGAUCAAGGCUCGAAAUCAUCCAAACGGCGCCGAUCAGCUGCAGAGCCCUUGGAAGACGAUCCCUUCCACGCCACGCCCAGUGGCGCACCACUCAUCGAUCUCGAUUCCGCCUCCGAGUCCGAGUCCGAUUUUGAUGAUGAUGGCGUCGACGCCGAAGAGAAGGAUGUCGGCACAGCUGCGCCCCCGUCCGCACAACAACGAGAAGAUAGUGUCGAAUUCGUUGGGUCGGGAACUCUCAGCGGAGACAUCCUCAGCCCUACCCCCAGAGCACAAACCACAACGGAGAUGGAAGAAGACGACGACGAGUUUGUUGAAUAUGUCCGCAAGGCCGAGGCUCAGCGCGCUCGUGAUAAGGACAUGAUGCAGCUGGACUCGGAGAAAACCGUAGAAAAGGCCGCCGCGGCGCAGAUCAUGGUCCAGUCCAGCAUCCCUGGCACCAAGCCCGCCUGUAUCAAGUACCUGUUUAACAAACCGCUGCGCUUGAUACGGGACAGCUGGAUUGCGCUUCAGAGGAGGAAAGGGGUGCAGCUGCCCAUCACUUCCGACAACGACAUCGUCCUGACCUGGCAGCAGAAGAGGGUGUACACAAACUCCACCCUGCUGUCACUGGGCAUCCGGCCGCAGGGAGAUGGCAAGAUCAUCGCUGACGAGUACAGCAAGGGGGGCUUGUUGGAGGGCCGCACAAAGGUCGCUCUGGAGGCCUGGACCGCAGAGGGCUUCCGCCAGUGGGAGGACGAGGAGGAGAUGCGUCUGAGGAGGGAAGCCGGCGAGCUGCCGGAGGAAGAGCCGACGCAGGAGCCAGAGGGGAAGCGGAAGAAGCUCCGCAUCAAGCUCGUCGCCAAGGGCAUGGAUGUGGUCAAGCUGAGCGUGCUGCCAGAGACUACCGUCGAGACGCUCGUUAUCGGAUUCCAAACGCAGAGGAGCGUUGCUUCGGACAAGGACGUUAGCAUAUGGUUUGACGGCGAGAGACUGGAGGAGCACCAGACCAUGGAGGAUGCCGGCAUCGACGAGAUGGACACGUUGGAGGUGCAUAUCAAAUAG